AUAUAUAUUAGGGGCGCCUCCACUGUCCACUCCACUCAACCAGUCCACAAUAUACAGAUUACAGAAGAAGCCACCAUUUUUACCGAUUCUUGAAAAUCAGACUGAAAACUCUAAAGUAUUCAGACUUAGCUCUGCAAGAAACAGAAAACUGAAAGCAGCCAGCCACAAGUAUAUAUGACUUCCAGAAGCGCCGUCAUCGCUUGGGGCUCUGGAGAAGAUGGUCAAUUGGGUAUUGGAAACAAUGAAGAGAAAGAGUGGGCUUGUUCAAUUAAAGCUCUAAAAUCUGAAAAAGUUUCUUCUGUUGUUGCCGGAAGUAGAAAUUCUCUUGCCAUUUGUGAAGAUGGCAAAUUAUUUACGUGGGGUUGGAAUCAAAGAGGAACCUUGGGACACCCACCUGAGACAAAAACAGAGAACAUUCCUAGUCAGGUUAAAGCUCUUGCCAAUGUGAAAAUUGUUCAGGCGGCAAUUGGUGGCUGGCAUUGUUUGGCUGUAGAUGAUCAAGGCAAGGCUUAUGCUUGGGGUGGUAAUGAGUACGGACAAUGUGGGGAAGAACCAGAAAGGAAAGAUGACACUGGAAGGCCCGUAAAGAGAGAUAUUGUGAUCCCUAAGCGUUGUGCCUCUAAGCUUUCUGUUCGUCAGGUAGCUGCUGGUGGUACACACUCUGUUGUUCUUACAAGGGAAGGACAAGUAUGGACAUGGGGUCAACCAUGGCCUCCUGGUGACAUAAAGCAAAUUUCUACUCCUGUCCGUGUACAAGGUCUUGCAAGUGUGAGGUUGAUUGCAGUAGGGGCCUUUCAUAACUUGGCUCUUCUUGAUGAUGGAGUUCUAAUGGCAUGGGGUAAUAAUGAGUAUGGGCAACUUGGAACUGGGGAUACCCAGCCAAGAUCACAACCCAUUGCCAUUCAAGGGCUAUCUGGUCUCACUUUGGUUGAUAUCGCUGCUGGAGGAUGGCAUUCUGCAGCUUUGACAAAUGAGGGAGAGGUUUAUGGCUGGGGAAGAGGGGAACAUGGUAGACUUGGAUUUGGGGAUGACAAGAGUAGUAAAAUGGUGCCGCAAAAGGUUCAACUUUUAGCUGGGGAGAACAUUGUUCAGGUUUCAUGUGGGGGAACACACUCUGUUGCAUUAACGCAUGAUGGUCGAAUGUUUUCUUUUGGGAGGGGAGACCAUGGACGACUAGGAUAUGGUAGAAAGUCGACAACUGGUCAUCCAUCGGAAGUUCCAAUAAAUAUUCCGCCUCCAAGUGAUGUCAACAGCACAGAAGGAGAGCGUUGGUGCGCUAAACUUGUCGCUUGUGGUGGCCGCCAUACUUUGGCGAGUGUAGAGUGGCAGACAUUUGAGUCUGAGUAGUCACUUUAAAAGUGUCAUUUUUAAGUCUGAAAAAUUAAGGUAGGUAUCUGAUUCAGCGUUGUCACUGUUGUAUGAGGUGGUUGUACUUUUGUAUUAUUAUUGAGGUGGAAAAUCCAGAAUUUUCUUUUUCUGGUUGGGUUGGCGAUUACUGGUACCCUUCUGGGAACUUAGUUAGUACUAUCUGCUUCUGUUUAUCUAUCUACUGGUACCAUAUUGUGAAUAGCCUAAUUCUGCCUUCUUCAUUGUUGCUUA